AUGGCUGACUCUGCUGCAGGCAGUUUUCACUGUAAACCGGUUCCUUGGUUAAAAGAAUACUUAAAACAAAGGGGCAUUCAAAGCUCAGGAAAACGUAAGGUUGAACUGGUAGAACUUUGUGAGAAAAGUGAGGAGAUGAAAGUCCCAAAAAUUGCUGAAGAGGAAGCACCAGUCGAUCCAAGAGUUUCUAUGAAAGAGCAACUGAAAACCGAUGAGGGAGAUCUCGCAAAUCCGUUGGAUAACGAAAACCGUGUUUUUUCCCAAUGGACCAAAAACUUUACUAACGUACCGGACUUUAGAUUCCCCGAUCUUUUUAAUUACCUGGUGGGUAAAGAUCCCGUAUACAACAGCGAAAGCCUAAAAAGUUACAAAUCUUUAUUGGGGUACAAAUUAUUUUUUGAUGGACAUGUGGAAUUAGUCACGGGCAACAUUUACCUCAAAAGUUUUUUUAAUAUCUGCUUUUACUUUAUUCGCGGGAUCUCACGAGCCGCACCGUCUUAGCAACCCAAAAAAAAUUGUUUAUCUAGCUGAGAUAGGGGACUAAAAGCUGGAUACUCAGAAGCUUGUAACAUUCACUGUUCCAUUUAUCUCUGAUCAUAUUGAUCAUAUUUGAUGGACAUGUGGAAUUAGUCACGGGCAACAUUUACCUCAAAAGUUUUUUUAAUAUGUGUGAGAUACAUAUUUGUCAUAUUGGUCCUCCUUUAAACAGGGCAGAUGGAGGUUGCCGGCACAUAGCUGCAGCAUUGUUUGAUCUAGAAGCAAAUGUGAGAUUCAAUGAUCUCCAAUCAUGUACAUCAGGACAGUGCAUGUGGAAAAAGAGAGGAAAGAGAAAUGAGGGAAGUUUGCCCAUUCAGGACCUUCAAACGAGUGGUAGUUACGGUGUGACAUUGAAAGACCCAAUUCAUCCAAGAGAUUUUAAUCCAAUUUGUAUUCCCUAUAAUGUGACUGAACUGGAACAAGAUUUUAAAGCUGGGUUGCUGGAAACAUGUCCUAGCUCUUCAGCUCUGCCUUUUUAUCUUCAACUAAAGGACCCAGGCAUACAGAGGAAGAAGUCAGAGCUUUCAUCAGCAGUGAUGUUAAUGUCUGUAAAGAAGAAAGUGUUCAAAGUGUACAUGUAUAUUCAAUGAAUGAUUACGCCAAAGUGUUUGUUUCUGUUAAUACUGAGAAAGUGAUGCCUACAGUUUCUAAAGAACUUGCAGUUGAAUUCCUCGAGUCUAUUCCAUUUAAUGAAGAGCAAGCAGAAAUGAUCAACAAGAAAACUGUCUAUCAAUCCCAGUCUCAAUUUUGGUUUGAUCAAAGGGCAGGAAGAAUUACAGCUUCCUCAUUUUACACUGUGUGCCACCUUAGAGAGAGCACAGACAGAAGAAACACUAUUAAACAUCUCAUGAAUUACUGUCCAAUUGCUGAAGAUGCCAUGCCACGACAGUUGACAUGGGGGCAUGAAAAAGAAAAGCGAGCACUUAGUCUUUACAUAAAAAAACAGAACAAAAAUCAUGAAAAGUUGUCAAUAGAAAAAAGUGGACUCAUUGUAAACACAUUAUGGCCCUUCUUAGGAGCCAGUCCUGAUGGUAUAAGGAUUUGUGCUUGCUGCCAAAAGAAGUUAAUUGAAGUUAAAAGCAUGUAUGCAAAAAGAAAUCUCCCUCCACAUGUUGCAGCUGAGGAGAACCUCAUGCUUGUGGAUGGCAAGUAUGAAAUUAAAAAAAGAAACCAAAUGGAACUACCAAAUCCAGGGACUGAUGGGGAUAACAGGGAUUCAUCGCUGUGA